UUACUGAUGCAGACAGCGGCUAUUGGACGGCAGCUCCCGUGCAUCUGAAGGUCUUCCUCGCGCUCGUAACGUACGUGAAGUAUUACGGGACGGAGCGGAACAGGAGCGGAGCUGUAAAGAGCCGUGUUACUGUUUUAUUUCUGCCUUUAUUUAGGUUAAUGUGGAUUUUUAUACUCUGCUAGCGCUAACACUUAAAUUAGAGUCGGGUUUAGCUCCUCUAGCGCUGAUUUUACGCAGGAAUCGCCUCAGAAAAAACACUUUUUGAUUUUUUUCCGGUGGCGUGUGUCGGUUAGGACGACCGGAGCCCGAAACGGAGCUAUGAGUGGCUUUGGAGUAAUUCUGCGACCCUGAAAGUGUCGUCUGAGCUCGACUGGACCGACAUUCUGCGUGUUGUGGAUUAUUUUAGCUAAAGAAAGGCGUGUUAUGGACCUGACUCUUAGCCGUUAAGUGUUUUUACCGGGCAGAAUGUAUCUUGUCUGAUCCUGCGGUCCGGACCCUGCCAGCCCCCCGUCGAGUCUCGCUUUCAAAUGAAAGAUACUUUCGGUGGAGCUACAGUGCACCGCUUUCUACACCCCGAUAAAGAGCACGCAGACUUUCCCUUCAGAAAGGUCUCUGGGAUUAAGAGCUCGCCUGCUGCUGACAUUAUUAACCUGAACGUUACCUCGCUGAAACCCUCGGAUCCUUUCCGCCAGGCGAAGCGGCUCCCCGUUAAAAUCCUAACCAUGUUAACGGCACAUUCAGGACACUUACUGCACCCGGAGUAUCUCCAGCCCCUCACAUCAGCGCCUGUGAGCAUCGAGCUGGAUGCUAAGAAGAGUCCGCUGGCCCUGUUGGCUCAGACCUGUUCUCAAAUAGGUAAGCCAGAUCCUCCGUCAUCUUCCAAACUGGCCUCAGUCACUUCCAGUGGACUCAGCGACAAAGACUCAUCUCGUUCCUCCUCCUCCACCCUGAAACUGGGAGAGCAACGACCCUCGCUGGAUGACAAGUCCAGCUUCAAGCCCUAUUCCAAAAUAGGCACAGACAGCCAGAGGGAUGGUACUAACAGCAGCAGCAGCACUAACAAGCCUGGCUUUUGUCUUCCCAUGGGUGGAGGUAAUGGCAGCAAUAGCACACAGAGCUGUCAGUCCCACCCUCCUCGUACCAUUUCUCCGAACUCCAGAGUGGGCUCCCCACCACAGACGCAGACGCACAGGCCAAGCGCAUCCCCCAGCACUGGACGUUCGUCCGGCCACUCGCAGACUGUGAAUGGGGAGUUGCAAACCACAGAGUCGACAAACUCUGACAACAGUAGCAAUCUAAAGAAGGAGGCAGAGUCAAGUAAGGCUAGUCUGGACAGUCCCCAACUGGCCAACUCGAGCCAUGCCAGAGCAAGUGCCAACUCCAGCAGUGGCAGUUCGGACAGUAGCCCCAGUCAUGAGGGCAAGGCAGAAACGCAACCAUCACAGCCUGGAGGAUUGGGGCCUGUUUCUAUUUCUCCCUUCAAGUCAAGUCACCCUGUUUUUCCUCUUCCAUCUUCCAGUAUGGGCUAUCAUGGGUCUAUUGUGGGCACUUACGCUGGGUAUCCUGGUCAGUUUGUCCCUGGCUUGGAUCCUACCAAGUCCAGUCUUGGGGGUGCUGGUGUAGGGGUUGCAGGAAAACACCCAAGCUCUAGCCCACUGACUGGAGCUUCUCCUCCCUCUUUUAUGCAAGGCCUCUGCAGGGACCCGUACUGUUUAAGCUACCCAAAUGCUCCUCAUCUUGGUGGUAGCAACUGCAGCACAUGUGUUCAUGACCCUUCCACUCUAAAGAGUGGCUUCCCACUAGUCUAUCCUACCCAUCCUCUUCACUCCCUCCACCAGUCUUCCAGCGUCACCCCCUCACUGUCGCACCCCCUCUACACAUACGGCUUCAUGCUGGCCAACGAGCCUCUGCCACACGCCUGUAACUGGGUCUCCGCUGGUGGACCUUGCGACAAACGCUUUGCAACCUCAGAAGAACUCUUGGCCCACUUGCGCACGCACACCUCACUGCCAGGUGUGGAUGGCAAGCUCCUAUCUGCAUACCCCUCUUCUUCUUCCUCUGCUGCAGCAGCCGCUGCUUCCUGCCACCUUCACCUGCCUCCCCAGAGCAGCCCAGCGUCUCUUCCCACCUCCUUCUCCCUCAGAGCACCUCCUAGCCUGGGGCUAGCACGCUACCAUCCCUACAGCAAAAUGCAUCUACCCACAGCACCAUCUUUGCCCAUGCACUCUUUACCAGCUUCUGCGCCCUACUACUCCCAUUACGCCCUCUACAGUCAAAGACUGGGAUCUGCUUCAGCUCUUGGCUACCAAUGAGGCAGCACACAGACUCUCCACACUUGAGAAUCUUAAAGAGCCAGAACAAGCAGAGUGCUUGCAUGAUGACUGCUAAAAUAUCCAACUGAUACUGGACACUGUUUUUUUUUACCCUGGGUACCAGCUGUCAGUGCUGAGAAAGGACUAAAUGAGUGGGACAAAAAGGAAAUUUAUAGUCCCUUUCGGCUGAGAUUAUGGGUAUGCAGGGUGCAUGCAAGCUUGAAACAGUGUAUAAGACUGAAGCGCCGACACAGUUUUCAAACAGAAUUGUAUUUAUUUUUUAACAAGCGCUUGGCUUGCCAGUUUAUAAUCCAAGACACAAUGUUCUUAAUUAUUGUUUACUUUUGCAAAAUCAGACUUCAUUAAUUAAUUUCACUAUUAAUUUCACUUACGUUCUCCGCCCAUCAUUUGUACACAUUAUUGGUGCAAACUUCAGAAAUUUCUGUUCUGUUUUGUUCUGUUUGUUCUUCAUGAGACAGAUGUCCUCUUCUAUGUUGCCUCUGUUUCUUUUGUCUGUGCGGUAUGAAUGUGCAUGUCUGAGUCCUUUUGGACUUUCUAAAUACUCCUUUUUUAUUUUAAACAGCUUACAAAUAAAUGGUAUAAAGAGCUGUAUUAUUUUUUGUAAUGUGUCAAGAUUAUUAGGCUGGUUAAGGUGCCGGUUCAAUGAGAAAAAAAAGAAAACUAGCGAUGGCAGUGCUGUCCAACUUUGGAGUUAUAAUUUUGUUAAAUAAAUGAAAUGGUUAUAUUUAAA